CUAUAAAUUGCAAUCCGAGGACAGAUCCUUGACCAUAGUCCUAAAGCUUCUUCAAACUCUGUAGUCUUUCUCUUUCUCUAGCGAAAAUGGUGUCCAGAUGGCUAGUUCUAGUGGCUGUUCUGCUCUUCUGCAUUUCCCAGGGAUCAUCUGAUGCAGAGAUUGAAGCCCAGGUGGUGAAAGGAGCUAACAGAAGGCUCUUGCCAUUUAUGGACUGUGGAGGGCUGUGCAAGGAGAGGUGCAGCUUGCACUCGAGGCCAAACGUGUGCAACAGGGCAUGUGGCACGUGCUGCGUCAGGUGCAAGUGUGUGCCUCCAGGGACUUCAGGGAACAGGGAGGUGUGUGGAAGGUGCUACACAGACAUGACCACUCAUGGCAACAGGACCAAGUGCCCCUAAUCUAUGCCUCUUCUCGUAAACCCUAUCUAAAAUGUCUCCAUCCAAACAUAAGACCACCAACCCUUUGUGCUUAGUUUUCUUUUCUCUAUAGUAUGGUGUAGCUCUGUUCCUUCAAAUUUUAGAAUAUGUUUCAUGUGAUGGCUUGCAGC